UGUGGCGUCAUGUGUAUUUAUCUUUCUUUUUAGUAUUUUAACCACAUUAGGUACUGCAUUUAUUUACUGUAUUUUAUAUUAAGUAAACAAAAACAUUUAUUUAAAUGGUUAAGUGUACGUGUUCGUUAUAAUAAGAAGUAAUCAAAGUAAUAACUGUCGUAAUUUAUCUAAUUAUAAAAUGGAUAGAAAUAAUAUGAGAUCAAACUAUGUGAACAGUGGACCAAGGUCUCUCCCGCAUAUGGGGGGGCACAAACGUCACAAUGGCAAUGGUCACAAUGGAUCAAGACUGAGUCCCCCCGCUCAGAUACCAAAUAACAACAUGCACAAUAAUAACAACAUCAAUCAGCAUGAUGAUAUUGUGAACUAUAUAUUUGAUUCUUGGAAUAAGGUCACACGCGAAUUAGAAAGGGGCAGCGAAGACGCGAAAUAUUAUCAAGAAGUGCUUGCUCCACGUCAAUUGGCUAACUUCAGGCCAUUCAACUUGGAGGACUGGUGGGGCUGCCGCACAAUGCAGACAAUCAACCGCAAGCACCGGUCUUAGUUCUAGCACUCGCAUAUGUUACUAAUAUCUCAUUGGCACGCCACUUUGUUGAAACUGAAAGCACUAUUUUGAAAUUAAUCAAACACAGUCAAUGUAGACAAGCAAAUUAUUGUGCCGGGGUGUUGAAAUGUUAAGGAUAUGGAAUUAAUUGUUGUGGUAGGUAGCCAUUAUUAUAAUAAUCACACCGAUAAACUAUUGACUAAAAUUGUUAUCUUCAAUUUCUUAUUUUUGAUAACAUUCUU